AUGCGGUCAUUCGGUCUUGCCAGCAACCUUGCGGUGUCGUUUGCCGCUGUCGUGAACACAGCAAACGCCGCCCCGAUCGACGACACGACACAGCUGCCGCAAAGAAUUGAAUGGAGAAGCCUCUCGGAUGCCGGAAAAGCAGAUUACAUCACGGCAGUAAAAUGUCUCGACAGUAAACCAUCAAAAAUUGGACUCGAAACCUCGCGAUACAACGAUUUCCCCUACGUUCAUGCCCAGCUCAACAUCCAAAUCCAUUUUGUGGCACAGUUCUUGCCAUGGCACAGGUACUUUGUUCACAUCUACGAGACGGCGCUACGAGAUGAAUGUGGUUACACGGGUCCCAUGACAUACUGGGACUGGACCCUUGACUCUGACGACAUGUCCAAGAGCCCGGUCUUCUCAACAGAUGCGACCACGGGAUUCGGAGGAAACGGCUUGAACGGCGGCUUGACCUCGCCAUCACGUCCUAAUCCGUUGGUUAUGUGCGUUACCGAGGGUGCUUUUGGUAACUUUACGGUGUCGUACUUCAACACAGCACUGCGGGCGCAUUGCUUAAACCGCGGUUUCAACAACGGCUUGGGUGUUGACAACGGCAAGUUUCAAGGAAAGCUUUACUCGCCUGAGAAGAUUGCCGAAAUUACCGGAAACUCUCACAACUUUUCCACCUUUGCAACAGUGUUGGAAAAUGAGCCUCACGGAGCGAUUCACCAGUCCGUCGGCGGAGAUCUCAUCCCGUCAACAUCUCCAAAUGACCCCCUCUUCUUCCUUCAUCACGUGCAAAUCGACAGACUUUGGUGGUUGUGGCAACAAGAAGACCUCGAGACCCGCACGAACGAUUUCUCGGGAAUCAGGAUCUUGGCUUCUGGCCAAGUGGAUGAGCAGCCGGCGUCUUUGAGCGACGCACUGCCGAUGUUGGGUCUCGCGUCUGACAUACCUGUGCAGCAGGUCAUGUCAACGAAUACCGACUUCUUGCGAUACAAAUACUAG